CUUUUGGAGCGUUAAAAGCUCACAAACACUGCUUUAAAGGAAAUCGACCAAUCACUGCAGAUUAGCGUCAUGCAAAGGAGAGGAAUCGUUGAACGAAUCAUUUGGGAGUCGCGUGAGCAAAUAAGAACUCUGCUUCCUAUUCAGUAUAAUGGACGGAUACUGCAGGGAAGCAGCAUGUGUAAUCACAGUGAUCUUUAAUGUGAUCAUAUUCCUUCUUGGCAUCAUUGGAAAUGGUGCAGUGAUCUGGAUUACUGGCUUUAAGAUGAAGAAGUCAGUGAGCAGCACCUGGUACCUGAGUCUGGCUCUGUCUGACUUCAUUUUCUGCGCUACUCUCCCUUUCACCAUUGACUACAUAGUGAAGAACAGCUGGAACUCUGGGCUCUUCAUGUGCAAGCUCAACGGUUUUGUUAUACCCCUCAAUAUGUACAGCAGCAUUUUCAUCCUGGUCAUCAUUAGUGUGCAUCGCUGCAUCACAGUCAAGUUUCCCGUCUGGGCCCAGAAUCAGAGCACUGUAAAGAAAGCUUCUAUAGUUGUUGUGUUGGCUUGGAUUGUGUCGUGUUUGCUUAGCAUCCCAUCUGCCACAUUCAGAAAGAUUAUAACUAUAGGAUCAACAGAUAUAUGCGAUAUCGACUUUGAGAAUCACUACAAAACCGUUGUGUCCAUGCAAUUUACUUUUGGGCUUUUGAUUCCAUUCCUGACCAUCUUCACCUGUUACUGCAUCCUGAUCCAUAAACUUAGAGCAAACCAAAUGUCCGAAUCCACCAAGCCCUUCAAGAUCAUGACAUUACUGAUCGCAGCUUUUUUCAUCUGUUGGUUGCCAUUUCAAAUAUUAUCUGUUUUAGUGUUGGACAUAUCUCAACACAGCUAUGCCCUUUACACAGCCCUACAAGUAUCCGUCAUUCUCGCCAGUGCAAACAGCUUUCUAAACCCGUUCAUCUAUGCAUUCAUGGCCAAAGACUUAAAUAUGAAAUGCUAUUCCUUUCUUUCGAAAAUUGAGAGCGCCAUCGAUGAAGAGACCCAAAGUGAUUUCAGAGCAACUUCAAUUACCAAUUCUGAGGAUAACAGACUUUCCAAUGCUGUCUGAAAUUUAAACACGAGUGAUGGACUAAAGAUAUCUCUCUUUAUUCUCUUCCAAGUGUGAUUGGAGAAUGCUGGCCUAUAGACACAACUUACUGUAGCAUUAACAAUCAGUGCAUUUGUUUUGUCUGUUGCAAGUUUAAAAAUAAAUUUAAAUAGAGGUUCAAUGUAAGGUACUUUACAAGUCAUUGUAUUGUUUAAUGAUUUAAAAAAAAAUUGCGACAGCUGUUAAAUAUUUACUCUUUUUAUCUUACCAUUUGUGUUACUAAUUAACA